CCUAGCUAGGCAUUGUUCCUGCACAUUUCCUGAAAUUCUCUCUUCCAACUCCACAAAAGCUUGCAAGCCAUACUUUGAAACUCUUCCCAGAAUUCUGUCAAUUUUCAUACCAAUGGAGCUGCAGAUGUCCUUGGGAGAUUCCUUAUUAAUGAAGGUGGGCAUGUUUGUGGUUGUUCAAGCAUUGGUUUAUCUCAUCCUUUCCAAGUCAUCUGAUAUAUUCGCCAAGAACAAGGUGAGAUCAUUAAGCUUCAAACCUGCUCGUUCUGUUAGCAUUCGCCGUAUGUUGGCUGCUAUCUCUGAUUUACCACAAGGCGUGGAGGCAUCACCGUCAUCGAAGGGUUUAAGAUCACCAACCCAAGAAUAUCCCAAAAUUGAAGAACAUCAAUCGUACUAAUAAUCAUGUUUGCUUCUUUGUUUUACGAUGAUUCUUUCGUCCUUUGAAAAAUUGCACCCUGAAAUAUGUAUUUGCUAUUCAUUGUUCUGAUAGUCUAGAACGCAUUUGUUCCGUUUUUGAUUCUUGUAUUUUUCAUUUUUGAUGGAUAUUCUUGUAAUUAUGAUCAUAUAUAUAGACAUUGAACAAUUACUUUGAA